AUGGCAGAGCAGCCCAUUUCUUCACCUGCAGUGGCCGCCACGCCAACUGCUGAGCCCGCACUAGGAUCUGCAUCUCCACCACCGCCACAAACUGAGCUUAUCGCCGCCGAUAACGAGAACGAUGAUAUUCAUGACGAUGCUGAUUCGACCCUUGGCUCGGACGCGGAAAGCUCUACUGCUUCCGUCUCAGCUAGCAUUCUUGAAUACCGUCGUAGUCAAGGCCGUACUUACCACAGCGAUAAAUUCACUACUAAUUAUUUUCUUCCCAAUGACGAUCAACAGUUGGAGUCUGUGGAUUUAACACACCACUACUUGACAAUCCUGCUGGAUGAAAAGUUAUUCCUUGCGCCUGUGAAAGAAGAGAAACUACAGAAAAUCCUUGAUGUUGGAACUGGCACUGGUAUCUGGGCAAUUGAAUUUGCCGAUCGUUAUCCGAAUGCUGAAAUCAUCGGUACCGAUCUCUCCCCAUGCCAGCCUGAAUGGGUACCCCCAAACGUUCGUUUCGAGAUAGACGAUGCCGUCAUGGGGUGGACCUGGGAGCCCAACGAGUUCGAUUUUAUCCAUAUUCGUUAUAUCUUUGGCGCCAUCAAAGACUGGACCGCUCUCUUCCGCGAGGCCUAUCGCUGCUGUGCCCCCGGAGGCUGGGUUCAGUCAGCAGAGGCCGAUGUUGAGUUCCGCUGUGACGACGGCACCAUUGAUAAAGAGCCUAACCUGAAGGUUUAUAAAAAGCUCUUCGAGGAAGGAGGGAAAAUCCUUGGAAAUCCCUUCUUUGUUUAUGAUCAACAGGUGAAGGGCUUUGAAGACGCUGGUUUUGAAGAUAUUGAAACCGUUGACUACAAGAUUCCCGUGGGUGAUUGGCCCAAGGAUCCCAAGCUCGCCGAGGUCGGAAGAUAUGUUCGAGCCUGUUUGGAAAAUGACAUCGAGGGCUAUACUCUUAUGAUGUGGCAAGACGUGCUUAAGUGGCCCAAGGAUGAAUACCAGAUCUUUUUGAUGAGUAUUCGCAAGGCUAUAAGAAACCCAAAGAUUCAUACAUAUAUGCGAGUCCGAUACGUUUAUGGACGUAAGCCUGGAGGCAGCUAA